UUUCACUCCCCAGCACUCAACAUCUUUCUCCUUUCUUAGAGAGCUUGAAGAGCCAGAGAAUGAGCCAGAGGAAGGAAUUUGGAGAUGGGUUUGAUCCAAGAAAGCCUCACUUCUUCAAGGUGAUUGUUGCUGACACUCUCCGAGACAAGAAGCUGAUGCUGCCUUCAAAGUUUGUGAGGGAACAUGGGGGACCUUUGUCCAGCCCUGUCUCCAUCGAGGUCCCGGGUGGGAUGACGUGGCAGAUCCAGAUGGUCAAAGCAAGGACCCCAAAUUCUGACAAUGGCGGGACCAAGAACGUGUACUUGGUCAACGAGACAUGGCAGGAAUUUGCACGGCAUCACUCCCUCAAACACGGGCACUUUCUGGUUUUCCAGUACGAGGGCGGAUCUCGGUUCUCUGUCGCGAUCUUCAACGGCACAAAUGGCAUGGAGAUCGAGUACCCUGUAGUUAGCAGCAGCAGCAGCAGCAGCGAGUUCACCUCUGUGUACCCUUUCUUCGAAGUUGUUGUCACCGAGCCUCAUUUGACCAAAUGCAACAUGGUAACAACAAAAAGUUUUAACCUUUGGAAAGUUUUUGACCUCUGGCGUUGUUGUUUUUUUUAGCUUGAUG